UAACCAUUAUUUUCUGCUGUGCUACGCUACCCGGUAAAUGCUGAAAUGGUGCAGAAAUAAAUAUAAUUCUCUGACUAAAAAAUUGGCAAAAACAGUCGCGUAAAGUAAUGAAAAGCAACCGCCAGUUUUUCUAGCCGACAGUGUUUCCGUGAGAGCAGUGUAAAGUACAUUUUCGUACCGCAUCGAUUUUUUCUGCUGCCGCUGCUGCUGCUGCUGCUGCCGCUGCCACAUUAACAGCCCCAAGCUAAAUCAAAAACUACAUUCACAAUGUCGCGGCAUCCGAGUGACCGCAAGGUUUAUGUCGGAGAUUUGGGUAAUAACGCCCGUAAAAAUGAUUUGGAGUAUGUCUUUGGAGCUUACGGCAGUCUGCGCAGCGUCUGGAUUGCCCGCAACCCCCCAGGAUUCGCCUUCGUGGAGUUCGAGAGCGCUAGAGAUGCAGCGGAUGCGGUACGCGGUCUAGAUGGUCGCACUGUUUGUGGACGCCGAGCUCGGGUGGAGCUGUCCACUGGUAAAUACGCAAGAUCUGGCGGUGGAGCAGGAGGGGGCGGCGGCGGAGGAGGAGGUGGCGGAGGCGCUGGAGGACGCGACCGCGGUGGCGCUGGUGGCCGUGGGGACGAUAAGUGCUAUGAAUGUGGAGGCCGUGGACAUUUUGCCCGCCAUUGCCGUGAGCGUAAAGCAAGACAGCGACGCAGAAGCAACUCGUUCAGCAGAUCUCGUAGCACAUCCCGUCGCCGUCGCACUCGCUCCAAGUCUGGUGGCACUCGUUCACGCAGUCGCUCCGCUGGCUCUGUGGGCGCUGGUGCUCGCCGCUCUGGCCGCUCAAAUGGACGCGAUGAGAAUGGUUCGGUGUCACGCUACAGCGACCAUGAGCGCAAUGGCAGUGGGGCAGUGGACGCAUCGCCGCCGCCACCUAAGCGGCGCUACGAGGAUGAUGAUGAUGAGCGGGAUAGAGGAUCACGCUCAGCAUCGCCCCCAGUGCGUCGUGGAGGAUCACCACCACGCCGUCGCGGCGAUUCGUCGGCCUCGCGCUCCGUGUCCCGGGACUAGCGACGACAGACGGAUGCAGACGAUGGCCGCAAAUUCAAGAAGAAGAAGAAAUAGUACGUGGGGCCUGAGAGCUGCAGCCAAGAAACAAGAAUCAGCGCGAAAGGGGCAACAAACUCCCCCUUCAUUCCCUCACACACACCACACCCCCAAUACAUACAUAUAUAACAAAGAAAGAAAAACAA